AUGAGGUUUGUCCAAUAUAUUCCGACUGGAAUUCCAAACGAAGAUGGUGAGUUCCCGGGAAGGAACUAUACAGUUGGAAAAGUCAUACAACAACUGUAUGAUAUUAGGAAAGCUUCAAACCCCAAACUUGCAAUGACACUCAAAUUGCUUAUGAAUUCGACAUGGGGAUAUUCCAUUAAGAAACCUCAAGAGAUGAAGAGUAAACAUUAUGAGAAGGUCGACAACUUUGUUGAAAGGUUUUCUCCUUUUGUUUUGAAGUACGAAUUCACUCAAGGUCAAAGUGGCUUAGUAACCACAUUAAAACCUAUUGUCGAACAUUGGUCUUACCCUCAGUUCGCAAAGGCAGUCAUUGACAACUACAACAAAUUCUUCUCCGAAGUCAAAUCCAAAGUGAAGGUUUACUAUGAGAACAUUGACGCACUCAUGACGAACGAAGAAGGCUAUAACAAACUCAUUGAAAUGGGUUUAGUCGGUGAGAAGAUGGGCUGUUUUAAGCUAGAUAAGGUAUUUUCCGAAGUUCAUGUAAUAUCGAAAAGGAAAUAUUGGGGCAUACUUGAAGACGGCACAGAAAUAAAACAUUGCAUGAAGUAA